ACAAUCGGACUUUUCCGUCCCCCAUAAACGUUUGACGCCAUCUUGAAAUGACACCCGCAGUUUGUUGAGUCGACCACUAAUUAAGAAGCAGCUCAGCUCUUCUCAUAACCGCCGCCGCGUCCGGUAUGAACGGUUCCCGGAACAAAGCAGUCAGUAAGGGUCAGAAAGACGCGGACACCGGCUCAGAGACCAACCACAGGGACCGAAAGAGUGGCGGAGGAAUGCUGAAGAAGCUGAAGUCGAGGCGCAGUCAGCCGGAGAAGUGGCCUGUGGUCACUGAGGAUGAACUCCGGGCUCUGGGCAAAGAUAUCUCCCCGGACCACGUCCUGGGUCUGCGGGCUGUCACCGAGGACUAUCUUUGUAAACCUGAGGACAAUAUCUACAACAUUGAUUUUACACGCUUCAAAAUCAGAGACCUGGAGACGGGAACUGUGCUGUUUGAGAUCGCCAAACCUCCCAACGGUGGUCCUGUGGAGGGUGUGGAGGACAGUGGAGAUGUCGACACCAGUGCAGGACGAUUUGUGCGAUAUCAGUUCACACCAGCCUUCCUGAAACUGUGUACAGUCGGUGCAACUGUGGAGUUCACGGUGGGCGAUCGGCCCAUUAACAGCUUCCGUAUGAUCGAGAGGCAUUACUUCCAGGGACGCCUCCUCAAGAACUUUGACUUUGACUUCGGUUUUUGCAUCCCCAACAGCCGCAACACCUGUGAACACAUUUAUGAGUUCCCACAGCUUCCAGACGACCUCAUUCGCCAAAUGGUGGCGCACCCUUACGAGACCAGAUCAGACAGUUUCUACUUUGUGGACAACAAACUCAUCAUGCACAACAAGGCAGACUAUGCCUACAAUGGAGGUCUGUAAAGGCUGAAGGGAAGAAUGUGUGCAAUACUUCCCAGGGGAUUGAUUUCCUGGAUUACAACCAUCCAGAAGCUUCCUUUUGGGGGACAGAAAUAUUCUCUCCAUUCCUACGAACGUCACAACAUUCUUCAGAAUCAACGGACCACGUCUGCCUUCUUAUGAAAUCCUGGAUCCAUUCAUCAGGACCUCGUACGGCUCAGAGGAAUGUUCUCUUAAAUAUUUCUGUUAAAUCUGACUGAAACCUUUUUGUUCUGUCUUUGGGUUUGUUGUACGAGCAUCAUGUUACUGCCUUAAGUUUCCUGCCGUCUCUGCUGGAAAGGGACACUGAGUCACAGAGCCUGCGUUAGACUGUGUUAGUUAUAACUUCAUUUACUAAAGUAUGUGUAGUUAAGAAAGUAUGAAGUAUGUUAUCAGUGUGUUUUCUUUGCAACUGACAAUUGUGUUUCCUGUAUGGAGACGCAGCGAGCAGUCAUGUAGAUGUUUUGCAGUAUUGUUGUUAGUCGUAGACGAUCAUGUAGCAUGAGGUGACUUUGAGUUUCGUUCUUCCUUAAUAUCUAUUAUCAGUUGUGAGUUGUUGAGGAUGUUCGUGUCAGAUACUUAAACUUCAUGGUCGACUUUAAAGGAGCAGUUCACCCAAAAAAGAAAAUUCACUCAUUAUGUCCUCAAGUUUUAGUCCAUAAAACAUUUCUUGAGCUUUUGGGUGAACAGUUCAUUACAUGUUGACCAAUCUAGUCUCUAGUCUUAUAAUUCAAGAACAGCGUGAACUCUUUUCAUGAUGCCAUGUCGUGUUCAUCCUGCUAAUAUCUGUUAUGUUUUAGCUCUCGACAGGAAAUUGACUGUUCUAUCAAACUCUGGGAUUCAUGAAACAGACAAAACAGCAGCGGAAUCGGACUUUCUCGAUGUGGCGCCUGUUUGUCUAAUCACACACUUAUUUAAUCCUUUGUGGCCUUCCUGGUUUAUUUGACGCAGCACUGUGAAUCCCACUCUUUAGGAGUGUCCAGUUUUUAGAUGUCCACCAACAGAGAGCUGUUUCUGUUUGGGUUCAAGCCCCUAAUGUUCCACUGUUCUGAGUAUUUUGACCAGAAAAAAUCUUUCCCAACUAAAACCAGAAAAUAGCAGGUUUUCCUCGAGAACUGGUGGGCUGGUUCACUAGAUGGCUCCGAGGUUCAAGAACCCGAGAUAAUUUGGUGGAGACGGCUUGAUUGUGUCCCUCUGAUGAAACGCCACAGAAACACAAAACGACAGCCGCGAUCCAUCUUGUUAGUUUACACUCUUAUAAUGUCGCAGGAGAGACAAAAGUUGACCUGUUUUUCAGUGCUCAUGGACGAUACUGAUGAUUUUACAUAUUUUAGACCAUUUACUAUUCAGCAAUCCUACUUUAGUUAAAGGAACAGUUCACCUGAAAAGAAAAACCCAGUUGUCACGCUGAUGUAAAGUCAGGUGAAGGUUUGCAGUCCACAAAACGUGGACCUGACUGGAUGUUGAUCUUUAUAAGCUUACAAUGCACCUUCUUUGUUGACACUUUAUCAGAUAGGUGUUGGUUUGAUAAUGAUCAGUAAUACUGACUUGUACACAGGACAGGUUGUAAAGAUGAAGAGUUACACUGAUCCCUGUUGUGACGUCAUUUCCAGUCUGUAUGUCCACUGUGACCUAACUCUAAUUUUUAAAUUUUAUUUUCACAUCUGAAUGUAAAUCAGCAGCGACCGGAAAGGCAGGACACUUUAAAACUUCACAAGAUGUUGAUUUGAAUCAUGAAAUGGGAACUAGAACAGUCUGGAUCUCGGCUUCCUUUCACUGGAUCCAACGUGCCUUAAAUCCAAAUUUUCAUUGUUUUGUCCUUCUCUGUGUCAGACUAACACUCCUGUAAACAUCCUCGCAUCAGGCUCGUUUUGUAUCUUGCAUUUCUGCCUCGUGUCAGACAGCGUUUUUAAACUAUUUACUCUUGAAUGAUUUGUUAUUUUACAGUUUUAAUAACCUCAGCAGGUGUGAUAUCAGGCUCACACUUCACUCCGUCACCCGACACAGUGGAUGUGUCUCAGACUGUAAAUUGUUGUCACCUUAAAAUCUGAUGAUUUAAAUGCCUUGAAAAGUGGGAACACUAUCGCACAUCUGCACAAAAAGACGACCCGACUGAAAUGUUCUGAUCCGCGCUGUAACCUGCUGUCUGACUCUUGUUUUCUUAUUGGCUGAUUUUUACAAAUGAUGCCUUCAUGUUGUAUCGGAUUUAUUGUAAAUAAAAGUGUCUGCAAACAG